CUUAGUGCUCUUCAACAGCUCAAAUGGAGUAGUUUGGCAAUCUUUUGAUCAUCCAACUGAUACACUCCUCCCCGGACAAGUACUCAGGCGUGGCCAGAGUCUCAUUUCAAGUCUGGCCUAACCCAGACAUGGGCACUGGUUUGUUCUCUCUAUCCAUUUCUCUUGGUUUUUUAACUGCAUUCAUUCAUACAGAUAUCUCGGUGCCAUACUUCUUUCUUCCUAAAACCAAUAUGCCGAAGAAGUUACUGCAAUAUGUAAAAUUUGAGUCCAGGGAGGUGCAACUUGGGUUUCUUUUUGGCAAUUGGACCUACACUUACACUUUGGCUGAAACACAGUUGUACCAACCAUCUGAUUUCUUAAGGUUGGAUCCUGAUGGAGGUUUAAGAAUUUAUAGCUGGAUGUUCCAAGAAGGAUGGAGGGUUGUUUAUGAUUUCAUGUACAAUAGUGACCUGUGUCAACUACCACUUACAUGUGGAAGAUAUGGUGUCUGCAACAAAGGGCAGUGUUCUUGUUCGGAAGCACUGGAUGGUGUUAAUUACUUUGCUCCUCUGGAUGCUCAGUCCCCAGAACUUGGUUGCCAUCAGAUUGGUUCAUUAUCAUCGCAAGAUCAAUACCAACUUGUGGAUUUUGGAAAUCUUUCUUAUCUCAGUUAUGCAGACUCACAAGCUGCAGUGCCCGACAUUGGAGAGCUACAUGAAUGCAGGGAGGCAUGUUCUAGAAAUGCCUCUUGCCAAGCUGCUUUCUUUGCGUAUGACCAUGAUGCUUCAGUUGGGCGGUGUUAUUUGCCUUCUGAGAUCCUCUCCAUCAGAGCUAACAAGAUUUCUGAAGGCAAUGUUGUUUCAUCAGCAUAUCUCAAGGUGAGAGUUUAUUCUGGUGCAUCUUCUCCGAUUUCUCCCUCGCUAUCUGCAACUGUGAAAAAUGGCAAAUACCAUAAGAUAUUAUUGUUUUCAGGCUCUUGUAUCAUUGCAAUCUUCAUUUCAGCUCUCAUUGUUGUGAUGUUUGUGUGGAAAAUUAGAGCUUCUAAGCAUGAGCAAGAUCACUUUGAACCAGGAACUCCGGUGAGGUUCUCUUACAAUGAAAUCUGCAUUGUGACACAUAAUUUCUCUCAAGAGAUUGGAAGGGGUGGUUUUGCCGUCGUCUUUAAGGGCGUGUUAAAGGAUGGGACGUUAGUAGCAGUGAAACAACUCAAGCCUGGGAGGCAAGGCAUAGAUGAUUUCUUAACUGAGGUGAGAACUAUUGGUGGCAUCCAUCACAUCAAUUUGGUGAGACUGAUUGGCUUCUGUGCUGAAAAAUUACAUAGGAUUUUAGUCUUUGAAUACAUGAGCAAUGGUUCAUUAGAUGGCUGGAUCUUUGAUGAGAUGAAACAAGAUCUUGAUUGCGAAACAAAGCUGAACAUCAUAGCUGACAUUGCCAAAGGACUAGCAUAUUUGCAUGAAGGAUGCAGACAAAGGAUUGCUCAUUUAGACGUGAAGCCACAUAAUAUUCUCCUUGAUGAUCAUUUCAAUGCUAAAAUUUCUGAUUUCGGCCUUGCUAUGUUCAUUGACAGGGAUCGGUGCCAGUUUACAAAUACACUCAUGAGAGGUACUCUUGGCUAUUUAGCACCAGAGUGGCAACACUCACAACACAUUAUUGUGAAAGCCGAUGUAUAUAGCUUUGGCAUUGUGAUGUUAGAAAUACUAUUUGGCAGGAGAAACUUGGAUUACUCCCAAUGUAGUUCAGAUGUUAUUCUGCUGACACUUAUGCGCAAGAAGUCCGAGGAAUUCCAUCUUACUCACAUUAUUCAGCAACGAAGGCAGAAGAUGAAUAACUAUGAAAAAGAAUUAACACUGAGAAUGAUGAAGCUUGGAAUAUGGUGUACAAUUGUGGACUAUAAGAAGAGGCCUUCAAUGUCUCAAAUUGUUAUGUUUUUGGAGGGUGUGGUCAAAUUAGAAGAUGAUAUUAGCUUUGAUCCACCUCAUAAUGAAGCCUUCCCCAAAUAGGAAGGUUAUUUUGGCACCUUAAAUGAAAGGUACCAAUGUCAUUCUCAUGAAUCACAGUUCUUACCGUUUAUGCUUGUUUUAUUUCCAGUGUUCGUAUUUUUGUUCUACACUGGAUUUUUCUGAUAGUAUUCUUUGAAACAGGCAUGU